AUGGGCAAAAAACUGUGUCUGAUUCUGACGAUUCUAGUUUCCACUAUCAGUUGGAUUCUUGUGGAUUCUGAUAAUACUACAACUCCUAAACCAACUUUAAAACCUAUCAAUGCAGCGUUCUUCGACAAUGUGACGAUCCCAAUGCCAGUUUCUGCCAAUUACCGUCGAAUCGUUGAGAUGACUUACGGAGUUAAAGAGGAGCAAAUCUAUAGAGUUUGUAAUGGGAAAAACAAGAAAACUUGUGGAUUCUGGGAGAAUAUUGAGACAAAAGCAAAAGUGGAGUCUGGAAAAACGACGUACAAUAAGAACAAGAAGGCGUUGAUCAUCAAGAAGAUCUUGAGAACCGACUUUGGAUUGUAUAUGACUGGAAACAAGAAAUAUGAACAGAAAGUUAAUUCUUUGUUUUUGAGAGGAUGA